ACAAGGUCGCUUGGUUACCUCGUGGUUGACCUAAUGUGUUAACUUGUACGGGGACAUACAGAUACAAACGGACAUUCAUAUACAUUUUUAUCAACGUAACCCAAUGUCGCUGAGAUGCCAGAUAUAGCUCCAGAGCUCGAACAGAAAUCUUCAAGAAAUAUAUUCCAUAAAGUUCACGAUAAACUAUCUGCAAAUAGAGUAUUUGUUGGAGCAUUCAUAUGCAGUGGGUGUAGCAUCAUACGUGUUAAAUUUUAGCCGUCGGAGUAAUAGUCGUAUCAUCCACAGUCACUGCUUACUUUAAAACCCGUGCCCGAAAGGUUUGUCAAUUCCACUCAUGUUCUAGCUAUUUUCAGCUUUAUUCCACGAAUCUGAUAAAUAGGACCUUCGAGAUAGACACCCUGAACGAUGUUUUUUUAAAGGACAAUGAAGAAUUUCAGUUCAUUUCUGGCAGUAUCCAUUACUUCCGAAUCCCAAGGAUUUAUUGGUUGGACCGAUUGCAGAAGGCAAGUGCGCUCGGACUGGAUGCCGUACAAAUAGAUAUUCCCUGGAAUUUUCAUGAACGCAAAGAAGGCGAGUACACCUUCGAGGGCAUGGCAGAUGUAGAACAUUUCAUCUUCACUGCACAACAACAAGGAUUGCUAGUGAUCUGCCGUAUAGGCCCCUACAUUGGCUCAGAUUGGUCACUAAGUGCUCAUUUACUUGUAACCGUUCUUCUGAUUGCAGAGUUCCUCGCCCCUGUAAAGCGCUGGUUCGAUGUUCUGUUGCCCAGACUGAAGGAACAUCUUUAUCACAAAGGUGGACCGGUGAUAAUGAUCCAGAUUGAAAACGACUAUGGAAGUUAUGCUGCUUGUGAUACAGACUACAUAGGGGCACUAAACGCACUUGUCAGAGAGCAUCUUGGCCCUGAAGUGCUCGUGUCCACCGUUGACAUCGGAACAAAAAACCAUUUAAAAUGUGGAUCUCCCUUCAAGUUGAAUUUGGCCACAAUAAAUUUUGGUCCAUACAAAGGUGAGCCUGACGAUAGAUUUCUGGAGUUAUUCGAGUUCCAGCCGGAGACACCGUGGGUGAACUCGGAAUAUUACACCGGUUGGAUGGAUCACUGGGGUUAUCCACACUUUCAAAUUGAACCAAAGGUAUUCAUCGAUCGGCUUCUAGAUCUCCUCUAUUAUUCACCAAGAAUCAGUGUGAAUAUUUACAUGUUCCACGGCGGAACUAAUUUCGGAUUCUGGAACGGUGCCGUGGACCGCCCGUAUAGUUCCCAGGUAUCCAGUUACGACUACAACGCUCCUUUGUCUGAGGCCGGCGAUAUUACGGAUUUUUAUCUCGAUCUGAGGCAAGCGAUUUUAACGUUCAAAAACACAUCGGGAGUGGAAGUACCCAGAAACACCACCAAAAUUGCCUACGAUGCAAUACCAGUGUAUUUGGUUUCGCACCUCAUUGAACAUGUCACUGGUGGUUCGAGUGCCAUGGUCACAGUUAGCAUGGAGGCAGUGCAACAGUAUUCGGGAUUCAUGUUGUACAGAACAGAAUUCUAUCGUGAUGCUGGACAGCCUGUCCGAUUAAAGUUCAAAGAUGUCGCUGACUACGCAUACAUCUACACAACUAGUGUUAACCUGGAUACUCUUGUUUUUCACGGAGCAAUAUCUCGAAACGACAGGUCUCUGGUCUUCUAUUUCAAACCGAAAUUCAACACAACCGACCUGUUGAUUCUAGUAGAAAACGCAGGUUAUACCACCUACAACUCGAAAUUUUACAAUGAUCAUAAAGGAAUAAUCGGGCCAGUUUCUGCAGAUGGUCGCGAAUUACUGGGUUGGUCGUUCAUGCCUGUCUGUCUGAACGCGGAGUCACAUUCAAAGUGCAACUGGACUCUGGUGGAUAAGAUAACGGAAAAGUUUAUUUCAGAUGUACAGAAGACAUCCGAGCAACAAAUUGGCGGCAAAAGAUCAUGGCCAACAUCGGGGUCGAUAUUCGCAGGAAUCCUGAAUAUUGAGUCAUUUGAGCGACUGGCUGAUACUUUUGUUCAACCUUUGAAUUUUACGCGGGGAGUUCUUCUUGUGAACAACGAAGUGGUUGGAAAGUAUAAUCAAGCACUUGGUCCACAGCUACGAGUUUAUGUGCCCAAGAACUUCCUACACGUUGGUACAAACAUCUUCAUCUUGAUUGAACUGGAUAGUUUAUGGCUCAACGAGACCAUGACUUCAGUAAAUAGAUCAGUGGGCAUCUCCUACCCUUUGUUAUUCGAUGUUCAAAUGCAAUGGCAUAGGACCCGUGACCGGUCACUGCAAUGAGUCCGUGUAUCGUGGAUACAGUACUCCAUGCACUAAAAGUGGAUCUCAGGAGCUAUACUUUAAUUCCAUUACUUUUAGUUCAUCGUUGGGUUGACUGUGAUUGACUCGCUCCACUCUUUUGAUUCGAAUUUUUUCAGCGCAUACUGACUCUAUCACCCCACAUUGUCUUGAUCCUCUCGUAAGGUAACAUGUACAGGUAAGGUAACUUAAAGCGCGUUGCAUACGCUCUGCUUGUGACCACCGUAUGUAUAAUUCCCGGUUUUACUGAUAGUCAUGCAAACAAUUUUUGUCUGAUUGGCGGAG